GCCGCGACGGUACCGAUUUCCAGAGGGUUUUAGUUUCUACGACGUUCCGCUUCCUCCCAUGAGCGCAAGGCUCCACCUCCACCAGCCUCAGCUAAAGACCGGACAGAGAGAAGUUGUGAAAGGAAGCAGUCGGAAUAAAAGUACAUGUGUUAAAAAUACAACAUCGUAUUUUUGUGUUUUCAUCCCCGGGGGGAAGUUUGUGACACCUCGGCGUUGAAUCUUACAUCGAGCCGAAGAGAAAGAUCCGCAGAGACGGGGCGGAGUUUCGGAAGUUUGUCCGGAGUAGGCUACGGCUGAUAGCCUACUUUUUGGGUUGACAACAACCGGUGUAAGUGUGAGUAGAUGUGUGACAGCGGAGUGUGUGAGGACAAGCCCCCCGGCCCCCCUGUCAGGAUGAGCAGCCAAGGAGGAGGAACCAAAGACUCCCAAUCAGCAAAUCACAGCUCUCGGCCGCUGCCGUCUGUACCAGAGGAGAGGAAGUCCAGAAACAAGAUCAUAUCCAUGUUUGCAUCUGAGAAAGGGGGCAGGAAGAAGGACCGGGACAAGGACAGACCUGAGAUCUCGUCCCCGUCAGACUUUGAACACACCAUCCAUGUUGGUUUUGAUGCUGUCACUGGAGAGUUCACUGGUAUGCCGGAGCAGUGGGCCCGCCUCCUUCAGACCUCUAACAUCAGCAAAUCAGAACAGAAGCAGAAUCCCCAGGCCGUCCUCGACAUUCUCAAGUUCUACGACUCCACCAGUGGAAAACAGAAAUACCUCAGCUUUUCCGCUUCAGAUAAAGACUCGCAGUCGCAAGGCAAGCAGGGUACAGGGACUUCCCCGUCAGGUGGCAAGGAUGGAGACGAUGAUGAUGAUGAAGACGCACCACCUCCGAUUGUCGCACCCCGGCCUGAACACACAAAAUCAGUGUACACCAGGUCGGUGAUCGACCCGAUCCCAGCUCCAGAAGGAGACGCCGCCUCUAAGGCAGCUGACAAGAAGAAAAAGGGGGGAGGCAAGAUGACCGACGAGGAGAUUAUGGAGAAACUAAGAACUAUUGUCAGUAUUGGAGAUCCUAAGAAGAAAUACACUCGCUAUGACAAGAUCGGCCAGGGGGCCUCUGGUACAGUCUACACAGCCAUCGAUGUCGCCACAGGACAAGAGGUGGCCAUCAAACAGAUCAACUUGCAGAAGCAGCCAAAGAAAGAGCUCAUAAUCAACGAGAUCCUGGUCAUGAAGGAGAUGAAGAACCCAAAUAUUGUCAACUUUGUAGACAGUUUCCUCGUUGGAGACGAGCUUUUCGUGGUGAUGGAGUAUCUGGCUGGUGGAUCUCUGACCGAUGUUGUGACGGAGACGUGCAUGGAUGAGGCUCAGAUCGCUGCAGUCUGCAGAGAGGUGCUGCAGGCUCUGGAGUUUCUUCAUGCUAACCAGGUCAUCCACAGAGACAUCAAGAGUGACAACGUCUUGCUUGGGAUGGAUGGAUCAGUCAAGCUCACUGAUUUCGGCUUCUGUGCCCAGAUCACCCCGGAGCAGAGCAAACGCAGCACAAUGGUGGGGACGCCGUACUGGAUGGCUCCAGAGGUCGUGACCAGGAAAGCUUAUGGACCCAAAGUCGACAUUUGGUCUCUGGGGAUCAUGGCCAUAGAGAUGGUGGAGGGGGAGCCGCCGUAUCUCAAUGAGAACCCUCUCAGAGCUUUAUAUUUAAUCGCCACCAAUGGGACUCCUGAGCUGCAGAGUCCAGAGAAGCUGUCUCCGGUCUUCAGGUCCUUCCUGUCACGCUGCCUGGAGAUGGACGUGGAGAAACGAGGAUCAGGCAGAGAACUGCUGCAGCACCCCUUCCUGAAGCUAGCCAAGCCUCUUUCCAGCCUCACCCCGCUCAUCCUGGCAGCCAAGGAGGCCAUGAGGAGCAACCGCUAAAGCUCACUCUCAUAGGACUUUAAGAGCUGAAGCCAAUGACAGCCACAUCCGCCAAACCAGCAAGACCGUCAGCAACCUGCAAGGGAUGGGAAUUUUUCAAAAGCCACAAACUCUGUCUCCUCUUUUCUCUUUGAUUCUUUUUUUUUUUUUUUUUUUUUUUUUUUUUUAACUGAAGCCAGAUUUAUUUUGACCUUUGUGCCUUUUUCUCAACCUGCAUACGACCAUUCUGUGUUUUCUAUUUGUCGCAGCCAGAGCACACCGGAACUGGUUACUGCAGUAUGUCUAUCAAGCACACAGGAUCACCGUUUCAAAGAUUCAAAUCUAUUUUUAACACAUUUAAAGCUGUAAAGCUGUAGAGAAGGGUUUAAAUGAACGUACUGAAUAUCUCCAUGGUGAUUAGAAGUCAGAGAAGUAAAAUAUGAAACAGGAGAGCAAGGGACCAAUAGAAUUAGAUUAAGGUUUGACAUUACAAGGUAGAUGGGGAGUUUUUGUUAGGGCUUUUUUAGAUAUUAUGUGACUCAGAUCUACAGGGUUGAGGUUAUUUAUCUCGCAGCGUCAAUCUCACUUGGUAUUUCAAAGAUGACAGUUUAAUCAGCGUGCAAUUUCUCUUCCUGUAUUGCAGUCAAUGGUUAUUUAAAGUAAUAAAAAGAUGAGAAAAUGAGGGACUAAUAGUGCAACCUGGCUUCAAAACUGGACAUAAGUGCGUUUGUUAAUAUAAAAUAAAUAUUAGGUGUUUUCAGACCAAACAGAUCUGGGGACUUUUUUGAAGAGGAACUAUCCACCAGGGAGUUCCCUAAGAACUACACAACGGGGGGGGGGGGGGGGUGACUUCUUUUUUUCUGUCUGCAUUUGCACUGGCAUGAGUACCUACCAACUCUGAAGCAGGAGCCAAACAGGUUCCUCUCAAUGCUUCAUCAUUCCUGAGUUGCGAACUCCAACAGUUCCUAGAACUAUGUAAAAGUUCCUGCGGUCCAAUAACAUCUAUUGAAACAUUUCUAAAGUUUGAACAUCAGACAUCUUGAUCAAAAGAGGAUUGUGAGGACUUUGAAUUUUCUCGUGUGCAGAGACUGUCACCUUUGCGGCUGGAUGCCAUGAACACACACAUGCACUCUCACACACACACACACACACACACACACACACACACACACACACACACACACAUCAGUCAGGGUCCUGUGGUUUUAAAACAUGAAUCAAAUAACUAUGCUGUGCAAAUACUGUGCUGUACUACAGCCUAGCAUGGCGCAGUGCAGUCUUUGUGUGGUGGAAAAAAGCCAUACCAGCGUCUUUGUUUGACACUGACUGAAGAAUAUAUCUUCUACAGUUAAAGGAGUUGGAUUAUUUUCCUAUUUUGUUCUCAUGUUAGAUACCCUAGUCCACUCGAUUUUCUGGUGGCAGCUUUGGGUUUUUACCAGGCACCAAAAUACACCAUCAUUGAGCUUGACUCAGACUCUAUAAACUUUAAUCAAACUCUCUAUGCAGGCACUUCUACAAAGCAUGCAAAAAACCCACCUGAACACACAAAGCAACAUUUCUGUCACUUUGGUGUGUGUCCUCCAGAUGUCGUGUUAUCCAGCAUUUUUCUUAUUUGCAUUGCACGCUUUACUGUAUAUGUGUUGGUGCAAGAACAAUACAAAUAAUGUAUGACAAUGUCUCAAUGUGCUAAACUGGAGGAUGACUUUGCAUUAUUUUUGUAUAUUAUGUAUUGGUGAUAUCCUGUUUUUUUUUUUGUUUUUUUUUAAUGGCUUUAAAAAGAAAGUAUGUAAAUCAUUUUUUAAUGUGUAACUAACAACAGAAGAAAGAUUAUUUUUUUCCACUUUUGUAUUGAACAAUUAAAUUCUCAGUGGAAUUAUGGACUCACAUCCAUAAAAUGCCAAAAUAAACCUUUAAAAAAAACAGAGCCAAAAGUUCCAUAACUGUUAUACUCGAGCCAAACCUUACUCAUGGAGUGUUUUGGAUCGAUCUUAAGUUAAGAGUACCAGAUUGGAUUGGUUUUUACCUCAUUACCAGCGUGUUAGAGGAACAUUACAAACUUUUUUUUAAUCUGACUCAUGAUGCAGUAAAACCCACCGGCAUGGUACUCAACAGGUGUUUUUAAAAUAGGAAUAUACUGUUCUCUGUUUUUUUUUUACCACAACGGGCAUCAUUUCUUAUCUGAGUGAUCGAAGAGUUGAAUGUGUUGUUGCUCAUCAUGGAACCAACAACUUGCCACGUUGAAUAAAAUCCAGAAGGGAUGUAAAUUAUUAAUAAAGGUGGACUUAAAUUGG